CACACACACACACACACACACACACACACACACACACACACACACACGCACACUGCUGUUUGGGAAUGACCAACGCGCAGAGGAACGCGCGGGGAGGAAAGGAAGACUUGCUCUUUGUCCACUUUGCGCAGCGUCUGCAGCCAAAUGCAGCACAUUCCAGCUCCCCACCAGCCUCCACUUGGAUCUCCCGGUUAAUGGGGAAACUCUGAACUCGUGUCUCGCAGUUGUUGGGGGGGAGCUUUAGAGAGACACGCUGAGCAGCACCGAUGUGAGAACCAAAACUACGGAGCCAUGUCUGCCGCUCAAGGACUUCUCAACAGCGUCUUCUCCUGCUCCUCUCCUGCGUCCAAAGCCAUGACCAAACGGCGGCUACGCCAGACCCGGAGCCUGGACCCCGCUAUCAUCAGACACUGUGGCACCGGGACCGAUGGAGCGAGCGGCGCGUCGCUUUCCGGCGCUGCGGACGCAGGUGCGUCCCCGGAGCGCUCGGCCGUGAAACCGGCUUUACGCACCAAGAUCCCGACGCUCAAGGAGCCCAUUUCCCCGUCCCUCUCGUCUCCUUCCAUACCUCUGGAUGUUUCUCCAUCCUCCAACUUCCACUUCGACUACGACAUAGUGAAGCGUGCCAAAAGGAAUACCGCCGGGGAUUUACCGUUUCUGGUGCGGGGACCCGGCGCGGCGCCGUCCGGGAGCACCGGCACGCUCUUCUCCCCGCGGAGGUGGCUUCAGAGGAAGGUGCAGCCGUCCAGCUCUCACGCGUACGCAGUAUGGAAGUCAGAGGGUGAUUUCACCUGGAGCAGCCUGUCGGGACGGAGCGUGCGUCUGAUGCCAGUCGCCAUCCAGAGCUUGUCGGAGCUGGAGAGGGCCAGGCUGCAGGAAGUGGCCUACACCCGUCUGCACCAGGACUAUGACCUGGGCUGUCAGAUAACCAUGCCAAAAGAUGGACAGAAGAGGAAAAAGUCGCUGAGGAGGAAGUUGGACUCUUUAGCAAAGGAGAAGAGUAAAGACAAAGAAUGCAUGCCCCAGGCCUUCAGUAUACCGCUCUCCCAGGUCAUCGCUAACGACCGAACGCACCGUCAGCGCCAGGAUGGCUAUCGUCAGGACCAUCCGCAGCGCGAGGAGCACAAGGACUCCUCCGACCUCGUCUCCUCCAUUUUACAGUUUGCCACUAAGCGGCCGUCCAAUAAGGAGCUAUCCAGCAGCAACUCCUCUCUGAGCUCCACAUCAGAGACAGCCAAUGAGUCGACAUCGCCCAACACGCCCGAGGCGGCACCCCGAGCACGCCGGAGGGGAGGCAUGUCAGUGGACUCCAUCACCGACCUGGACGACAACCAGUCUCGCCUGCUCGAGGCGCUGCAGCUCUCCCUGCCAGCUGAGACGCCAAGCAAAAAGGAGAAGCACCGGGACAAACGGCUGAGCCUCAAUCCCAUUUACCGCCAGGUGCCCCGGGUGGUCGACAGCUGCUGUCAGCACAUCGAGAAAUAUGGUUUGCAGACUGUGGGGAUCUUCAGAGUGGGGAGCUCCAAGAAGAGAGUCCGACAGCUCCGCGAGGAGUUUGACCGCGGCGUCGACGUCCAGCUGGAUGAGGAGCACAGCAUUCACGAUGUGGCUGCUCUGCUGAAGGAGUUCCUCAGGGACAUGCCCGACCCUCUUUUAACCAAGGAGCUCUACACGGCCUUCAUCAACACCACAUUGUUGGACUCAGAUGAGCAGCAGAAUGUCACUCAACUUCUGGUCUACCUGCUCCCAGCAUGCAACAGUGACACUCUCCACCGCCUCUUGGAGUUUCUGUCCACAGUGACUGACCAUGCCCACGAUCGGCAGGACAAAGACGGGCACGAGAUCACAGGGAACAAGAUGACGUCUCUGAACCUCGCCACCAUCUUCGGCCCCAACCUACUCCAUAAGCAGAAGAGCUCGGACAAGGAGUUCAGUGUCCAGAGCUCGGCCCGGGCCGAGGAGAGCACUGCCGUCAUCGCUGUGCUGCAGAGGAUGAUCGCCAGCUACCAGACCCUCUUCAUGGUGCCUCCUGAUCUGCAGAAUGAGGUUCUGAUGAGUCUGUUAGAGACAGAUCCAGAUGUGGUGGAUUACCUCCUGAGGAGAAAAGCAUCGCAGAGUCCAGACCUGCUGCAGACAGAGGAGCCCUUCACCCUGAGUGAGCGCCGGUCUUCCAGCGACUCCAACAAGGCGUCCAGCGGCGAGGUGUCCCCGUAUGACAACAACUCUCCGGUCCUGAGCGAGAGGAGAGGAGAACCAGGAAGCCCGGGCAGCGAGCAGGUCUUCCGUGUCCCAGAACAGUACAGUCUGGUGGGGCAGGUGGCUGGCUGGAGUAGAGAGCCUGGAGCUGAGACUUGGGGUUCCAAAGACGCUGUAUCAGAGGAGCAUGCUAACAUUUGGGGGACGUGGCACAGUACUCUGAAACCGUCACUCAACGACCAACCAUACGCAGGUUCCCAGGGCAACAUGUCAGAAGGAAGCUCCCGCAGCUCACAGGAAGGUCUUGACGGUCUCCAUGCUGAUGGCAGGCAGCAGGCAAUGCUUCAACGGACCCAAACGGCACCUGGCAUCACUGAGUGUAGGCCCCACCCGCCGGUCACCAGGGUGUGUACCAGCUCUCAUGUGGAGAGUGGACAGCCACGCCUGCAGCUCAACAUCAAGCCCUCCAUGAUGUCAAACCUCAACAGCAUGCAAGGUCUGCAUCGGGCAAGUGGACUAAACCCGAACUCCAGGCCUCAAGAUGGGGCGAACACUGGUGACGGUGGCUCUGCUGCGCUCAACGACGGCCACAGCCCUCCGCCGUAUACUGCUCACCAUCGACUGGCUAGUUCCCAAAGUUCACCUCAGCUCGCCACAGCUCAGCGACCCCCUCUGCAGCACGGGAGGCUGAGUGCGGCGCAGAGUAACUCGUCCUCGACUACGGACGGCCAGAUGGUGCCGCACAGCCCGGAGUGGCAGGACUGGCAGAGGGACCGGUGGCAGAUCUGGCAGCUGCUGUCCUCGGACAAUGCCGACGCACUGCCUGAAACUCUGGUGUGAUCUCAGACCACGAACUCCAGCAGAGAUUCUGCAAUGGUGUGAUCAAACCCCUCCAAUGACAAUCACUCCUUACCCCUACCUUCAUAACUGUCAUGCCUUUUGUCCCCUCUUCUGUACUUUUCUCCUGCAUCUUAGCGCCCUGGCGUUGUUGUUUACGUGCGCAGCUGCUGCCUUAUGCAGACUUUUACAUCCAAGAGCCACUAGUAUUUCCUGUUUAGUACGGAUGUUAAAAAGUUACUUCUGUUCCUUGCUCAUUUUUUGCCCACAAGAAAUACCUCAAAAAAACCCUAUCCUUUCAGCACUCUUCAGAACUUAUAUGACAAAUCUCAAUGGAGAACAAUAGGAAAGCAUUUGUUACUUUUUCGUUUAUUGUAUUUUCAUUUCAUCAUUUUUAAUUUUUUAAAAACUUUUUCCAGCAUACAGACACUAUGAUGUACGUAUUAGUAACUGCUGCUAAGUGUAGAGUUUGUGUGUUUGUGCAUACUGGUAAUGUUGUUCAGCCACAUCAGUCAAAAAAAAAAAAGAUCAGAUGAUGAGUUUCAGUAUCAAAUUAUGUAUGGCUGUAUAUAUACACAGUUACACUGUUGAGAAACAUACAUAACCAAUAUAUAUGUAAAUUGACAUGUAAAGUAUAUAAAUUGCCUCAAAUCUACUCAAAGUAAGUCAGCCCUUUAACUGGCAGUCUAAAUGGUGGUGUUUGUCGGACUGCUCUUUCUCAUCUUUAAUAUUGAAUGUAAAAUGCUUCAACCUAAUUACAAAGCACUCGGCUGUAACUUUGCUUACAUGCACUCUCGCCCCCUGCUGCCACGGAGGAACAGUGUGCCAAAGUGUCUUUUAUUUUUUACUUCAAGAUAUUUGUCUCACAGUCACUUCAACCGGUUUCAGUUUCUGAAUAAAGACAGCUUUGGAUAUAACGUGACAGCUUGGCAUUUCAGCAAAGCAGAGCAAGAAUAAGGAGGCUCAUCUUGAUUUUCAUCCUCAGGAUGGUGUAUUGAUUAUAUUUGGAAUUAUUUCAUGAUGACACAAGUUAAGAUAAAGAAAGACUGAGCCCUAGCAAUACAUAUUAAAAUGGCCAAAAUGGUUUUAAAUUGUUUUAAUCCUACAUAAAGAAAUAAUACAAGUAACAAAAAGGAUGUGUAAAGAAGAGGCAAGGUUUAAGGGAGAGUUCACCCAACAUUUCUGGAGCUUCACUGCAAGACAGUGUUGCACCAUUCUCCUAAACAACUGAAGCUGAUGGUGACUUGUUUUAAAAUGUACAAAUUAAAUAAAUGGGGGACCAAAGCAUACAGUCACUACAAGCAAACAUACAGUCACUCCUUACAGCUCAUUCAGCUAAUCCAAGUGUCUUGAAGCUCCAGGAUCCCAAAUUAAACUGACUUGUACAGCCGUUUCUGAAGCCAAAAUCGUCACCGUAGUCUCCAGGCUUUUAGAGACUGGAAGAGCUGUAUGGAGCCAUUUUUUUUGUUUUUUGUUUUUAAGAUUUACAACAAGUCUAUUUAUUUUAGUUAUUUAGCAGAAUAUUGUUCUACUGUAAAGCUCCAGAAAUGUUUGUUGGAUGACAUCAGCAUGGGAGUGAGCAGAUUAAGACUGAAUUUUGUAGUUUUUUGGGUGAACCUGUCUUUUAAGGUUUGACUAUAUGCCAAAUAACAUUCAGCUCCUACUCUUGUGUAAUCAUGUCUGGGAGGCCAGAGGUGAAGCAUUUUGAGAAUCUGGAAAACGGCAUCACAUGUGAAAGUGAGUUGUAACUGGAUGCAUAAAGUCCUUUCCAUUACACUGCCUGAGAUACUAAAAAUCAACAACCAUCUGAGCAGAUCAUUUGACCUAAAACUGGUUGCAACAGAACAAAGAAGUACCACAGUCUGGAACUUCAUUUCCCACAUUCAAAGUUCAGAUUCACAGCAAAUACUGGUAUGAAUUAAAGUAUGCACUUAGCUAAAAUCCCAACCUGAGCCAUGGUUCAUGACAACACAAUAAAUACAGCAUAUUUGCAUGUGUAACCCCUCGCACUAGACUGAAUACUCCGAUGUCUGACUCAUUCCCUGUCUAAUAGGCUCUAAAAAAAGGUCCAACCGAGGUGCUAGGGAAAAAAAAAAGUUUGUUGGUAUAUUUUCUCAUUUCAACUCCAGUGUUGUAGCUGUUAAGAAAAAAAAAACCCUUUCUGAACACAACCUGUCCAAAUCCUUUCAAAUGUCACAGCCAAGUGGGUAUUUGCUGGCAAAUAUUUCACAACUUUCUCAAGUCAUGGUGUAAUAUUUGCUCAUCUGCAGCCUCUUCGGCAUUAAAUCUGUCCAUGUGUAAUUUCCUUUCAUUUCGUUUUGUCACUUGUCGAGGAGGGAGCCUCACAAAGUGCAGGAAGUGGAAGGGGAUUGUGGGAAGGGGUUGUGGCGCCAUCUGUCGUCGGACCACGUGCGCUGACGUGUUGCCGCCUGACACGGUUCACCAUUUUAACCGUGCUCAGUUUAGAAAACCAGUCAGCUUGUGAUUAUCAGCACCUUUUUGUAAAAAAAAAAAAAAAAAUGCUUGAGGAAAAAAAAAUGUGCCAUAGGUGUUGCUCUUAAAAAAGCUCUUUCUCCAUGCAUUGCGCAAUGUUCAUAUUUUUUUUUUUGUAUUACCUUGUUUUCUGUUGAGUGUUGUAAUAUAUAAAUACUAUAUAGCGAUUUUUAUUCGGGGGGGGCAGGGGGGACAGGAGAGGUAAUAAAAAAAAUAAAUAGAUUAAAAAAAAAACGGUCCUAGCUAUGUCUCCCCAGAAAAUGAGAUCCUGUGCGUCUUGUUGACGUCACUAUGAAACUAUGACAAACUUAGUGUUAUGGUGUUCUGUUGUUGAUAUUUGUGGUGGGGUUUUACUGGGUCCAAGUUGUAAUUGGAAUGUCUGGUCAUUUUGCUUUUUGUACUGCGUGUCAUCAUCAAUAUGCUACAAUGGAAUUAAAAUAUGAUAAAAUUUA